CCCUUCCGCUCCCACAGCGCCCCGCGCCGCAUCAUGGACCACAAUGACAAUGAUUUGCAAGGAACAAAUAGUUCAGGAUCAUUGGGUGGUCUUGAUGUCCGUAGAAGAAUCCCUAUAAAGCUUAUUUCAAAACAGACCAAUAAAACCAAACCUGCACCUCGGACUCCAAGAAAUAUGAACAGGAUGCCUUCGAAGACACAAGCUGGUGAUGAAGAAGAAUUUGAUUAUAACAAAGAGGAGCGAUACGAAUGUAAAGGAGGUGAAAUGUUUGGCAAUCAGAGGAGAUUUCCUGGACCCAUCUUUUGGGACUAUAAGAUAAACUUGCUGGGGGAAAAGGAUGAUACACCGGUCCAUUUCUGUGAUAAGUGUGGAUUGCCUAUCAAAAUGUAUGGACGCAUGAUACCUUGUAAGCAUGUUUUCUGCUAUGACUGUGCUAUACUACAUGAGAAAAAGGGAGACAAGAUGUGUCCAGGCUGUAAUGAACCUGUGCAGCGAAUUGAGCAGUGUGUACGAGGGUCUCUCUUCAUGUGUAGCAUUGUUCAAGGAUGCAAGAGAACUUACCUGUCACAGAGGGACUUACAAGCUCACAUCAACCACCGUCACAUGAGAGCUGGGAAGCCUGUUACUCGUCCUCCCAUUGAACCUGUACAUCCUCCUAUUGCCCCGCCGCCAGCCGAAAUUCCCGAGCGUUUCAUAAUGCCCCCUGAGAAACAUCACAUGAGCCACAUUCCGCCAAAGCAGCACAUCAUGAUGCCACCGCCUCCUUUGCAGCAUGUGCCCCAUGAGCACUAUAACCAGCCCCACGAGGACAUCCGAGCUCCUCCUGCAGAGAUGUCCAUGGCUCCACCGCCACCCCGCCCGGUCAGUCAGGACACCUUCCGCAUCUCAACGAGAAAACACAGCAACUUGAUAACUGUCCCCAUUCAGGAUGACUCGAAUUCAGGCGCUCGAGAACCACCUCCACCAGCGCCUGCACCUGCUCACCAUCAUCCUGAAUACCAGGGGCAGCCAGUGGUAUCACACCCUCAUCAUAUUAUGCCUCCCCAGCAGCACUAUGCACCGCCCCCGCCGCCGCCUCCGCCCAUCAGCCACCCGCUGCAGCACCCUCCGCAGGCGGCRGGCACCCCUCACAUGGUGUACAGCCAGGCUCCUCCGCCUCCCAUGACCUCUGCCCCUCCGCCCAUAACCCCRCCACCCGGACACAUCAUUGCCCAGAUGCCACCCUACAUGAACCAUCCUCCUCCAGGACCUCCCCCUCCUCAGCACGGAGGCCCACCUGUAAAUGUAAAUGCGCCCCCUCCACAUCACUAUAAUCCCAACUCUUUGCCACAGUUCAGUGAAGAUCAAGGAACUCUUAGUCCCCCUUUCACACAGCCUGGGGGAAUGAGUCCAGGGAUAUGGCCAGCUCCAAGGGGACCGCCUCCRCCUCCAAGGAUGCAGGGGCCUCCUGCUCAGGCCCCCCUUCCUGGACCACAUCACCCUGAUCAAGCCAGAUACAGACCCUAUUACCAAUGAUAGAAGCAACUCUAUGAAUAGAGAAUGCCAUGAAGAAGAUAAAACUAAAUACAACAGCCUUUUAAUUAAUUGUUUUGGGAUUAUUUUGUUGUGGUUUUUUAAAAAUACUGUCAUUUUGACUGUUAAGACAUUUUGAGGUUUGAAUCUUAAAUGAUUUUUAAGCCUUGGCCGUAGGACUCUUAACUUCAAAUACUCUGUAGUGCUAAAAUAAGUGGCUUAGUAGACCACAGUUGCAUUUUAACAGAACUUCUGUUGCUAGUGUGGCUAAAUAGUCCUAAGAUGAUCACUUGUAAUAUUAUUUCCUGGAGAAAAUGGACAUGUGUUGUACCAUUCUGAAUAUUGUUUUUGUUAAAUACAGUGUUUUUGUUAACCUGUGUACAAUAAUUAAAUUGAAUAUGGUUGUAAAUGUGGUGAGUUUUUAUAUGAAGUUAACACACACUUAGUUUUGGGACACCAUUUCAACACUAAUAGUUUCCAAAUAGCACUGUAGUGAAAUAUAAAAGGAACCUUAAUAUUUCUCUUACUGCCAUUUACCAUUACUCAUAGUGAUUUCAGGCUGUAAUGAAUUCUUGCCACUAGAAAUCAGACGUGCAGAAUUCUGCACUUACUACAUUCCAUUUUUUCUGUUUUUUAAUUCAUGCAACAAGAUGAAUCUAUCAAAGAUACAGCUUUGGGCAUGACAUGAAACCUUGUGGGUUUUAUGUUUUUGUUUUUUUUUUUAAAGUUUGUUUUAAAGCUAGUUUUUAUUUAGAAGGUUCUGUUUACAUGUAAGCUACUCACUGGAGUUGAAUUCAAACUACUGUGUUUACCUAUGACUGUGUUUGUUUGGAAGUGGCUGUGAACUGGCUUGGCAUGUCUGUGAAAAGCAGCUUCUUUUWGGUAGGGAAGUUAUGUUUGCCUCUCACUUUAUAUAAUGUGUACAGUAGGAAAACUUCCYGUUUGGAUAAUAUGAAAGAAGUGGUGUGUAGUUAAAAGAAAUAAAAAGGUACACAUUAUUUAUGUGUUUUGAUUUGUGAUACAGGUUUAACUGAACAGACAGUAGUUAGUUGUUCUGCUUUUCUCAAAAAGUAGCAAUAUAAGCAGCUUUUGGGUCUGUUUUGGUCUAAAAUUUAUGUUUUAUAAGAAUACUUUCAAAGAUAAAUGUAAAAUGARAAAGUUCUUUUUUAGUGCAGCUGGUAGCAGAAGCAGACACAAGACAGUACUGUCUGUUGAUUGGAGCACUUAUCUUUGCAUUUCUGAUCAGUAUUUGCACUGAACCAUUGUUUUUYCCAAAUGCCACAUUUCUGGCAUUGGUGCUUUUAAAUGGAGUUCUUUGGGUUUUUUCUAAAGUUUGUAGUUUCUUACUGUUCUCAAAUAAUCUGAGCCAUCUUAAAGCCCCAGCGUUACUUUUUAUUUUUGUAAACGUUCUUUUCCUGAAUCAUUAAUGUUAAAUUUAUGAAAAGCUGUGGCAGUGCGACAUUCCAAAUUUUGUAUUUUUAUGUCUAAACUUUGUAUUUUUAAAUUGGUUCUUUAGAUUUUCUCUAUUCUUGGCUGCCAUUGAUUUCCUUGUGACCAUAGCCAAAUUUUUAGUCUGCCUUUCAAAUAAAUACUUCUUUAGACAUGUGAUACAAAUGACCAGUGAGUGUCAAAUGCUUCAAAAUCUGCUUAGCUGUAACAUACUUCUUUCUAAGAGAGAGUUAUUUAGUUUGGUUGCUCUGAAAACUAAGUAAUUUAAAAUAAAAUACAGUGGUGAAGAAAAUGAAGCUGAUUGUGAUAGUGUGCUAUGAAAUGUGUGCUUGAAAAUUUACUGUUUCUAUACAUGAAGGCAAAAAUGGCUCUGCCAGUGUUCUUUUCUUUCAGUAACUAACAAACAUGAGGAACUUYUAAGGACCCCUUCUGUCACUGUGAAGUAGACUGGGAGGAGACACAUUUGUGUUCCAGCGCACGGCUUCAUCUGGGAGGAAAUCUGCAUGUCUCAUUCAUGUUCUUUGACUCYACCAAGCCAAGCUCAGGCCCGACACACCUGUGUCACAGGGACUCUGAGGGCUCCAGGUACAGCUCACUGUACUCGGACACACACAGCUUCCUGCAGGAGGCCCGGGCAUCCACCUCACCUCACCAGUGCUCUCUUCAGGAGAAUUGGACAUUCUGGAAUGAGCUGCUACAGUCACAUAAUGAGGAAAUAAGGCAACUCCUUCUGUCACGCUGGGUUGUUGAAGUAAGUCAGGUUGUGUACUUUCGUUAUCUAUUCUCCCGUCCCUUGACCCAGAUGAAGAGUUCAAAAUAUUUCUGUGUCCAAAGCUAUUCUUGAAUUUACUGAUAAAGUUUUUCUGAAAAUGCUGAGGCAGGUGAAUUGAUUAAGGGAAAGUAAGAGUUUUUGCUCGAUCAAGAARCACAAAAGGUGAAUGUAUCUCUAUCAUUGUCACUGUAGGCAAUGUGUGAGAAUCUUUUUUCUCUAUAUUUGAGAGAAAGGUGACCGUAUGUCAUAUGGACAAUGAUGUAUUACCCAGAAAAUCAGUGAAUCCCUUGAGUUGUUCAGYGACUGUGGACCCAAAGUCUGUGAUAGAGAACUUCAAAAUUAAUCCUAGGCAGGACUUGGCUCCAAUUUCUGUGUCGUCUUGUAAGAGGAAGACCUAAAUGUAUUUUUUUAAUUAUUAAAUCGGGGAUAUAAUAUAUGUGAUUAAGGGCACCUACAUGACGAAGGGCACUGUUGAUAUUUUCAUAUUUACAAAGUUUAAAAAUGCUUCCAUUGGUUGAAACCCUGUGUUAACUGUCUUUUAAAUUUGUUAAUGGRUUUGGAGUGUGGUUUAGGGUAUUUUUUUCCCUUAGUUUGUUGAUUGGGUUGUCUUUUUUUUAAAAUACAUGGUCUUUUAUUGAGAGGUUACAAAAUUAAUGUAUUGUAUUUAAUUGUGUAAUUGAUAGUUAGAAAUGGUAAGAUGUACUUGUGAUUUCUUUGGAUUUCUUCUGAAGUCUUGACUGUAAAGACAAACAYUUGAAUUGAUAAAGUUUAUUUUCAAUAAAUAUCCAUGUCUGUGGCAGUGAUCUUCCCGAGGCAUUGCCAAGCAGAUCUCAGGUUUUGAAGAGAACUCUGACAUUUAAAUUUGUCAACUAUUGUAGGUUCCUCUAACAGUGUCACAUAAGGAAUGAAAAAGAGUAUGAUGACGGUUUGUGUUCACCAUGGAAUGGAUGAAARAACACCGUCAGGUGGUCUGAAAACCUCUGUGCUUUAGAAUCUUAUCUCCUUACACUUUUCCAUGAUUCCAUCUCUAACUUGGCUUGAAGGGUUGCCUGCAGUCCUACGUACUUUACAACCAGGGGACCAAAUGUGUCCUAUGAACUAUAUUUUCUGUUUGUGGUGGGCAUUUUUUAAUACUGUUAACAUAAAUACAGGUUACCUCUGUGUGAUAAAUGAUAUUUUUCAUGCCUUUUAAAAAAGAAUAACUUAAAAUGCAGAUUAUUUUUUUAAAUCUGGUCCAAGAAAAUURUAAUACCUUACGGGAUGGAUUUUCCAUGUCUUUUCACUUCCUGCUGUCAAAGACUGUCAAAAUCUGUUAAAAACUGAAGUGGAAGUAACUCCCCAAUUAACUAACUCCACUGUAAAAUUUGCACUUACAGCAAGAGAGAAAAGCUAUCUUCCCUUUAGAUGGAAGUCAGGUGCUCUCAAAAACACCUUUGUGGAUAUGCUUUCCCUGUAGAUCAAGUCUGAACACACCUUUCUCAAACUGUUUUUUGCUGUGUAAAUUCGUGUCUGAUUUUGAGUUGUUUCUCUCUGUGUGCAUUGCUGGGCUGUUGACAAAAGCAGGCACAGGUUCACAGCAGAAGGUCCUGUCAAGCCUGGGAAACUGGAGGAGCACAGUGGAUUGGAGCUGCAACGGAAUAUUCAAUGUAUGGGGUACAAGUUUUCGUAUAUAUGACAGAGUUCAGUGCAGCAGAGAAAUGUGCAAGGUUUGAAUUAAUUUUCACCCUGUUUACRUUUCUAAAGUAAAUAUCAGUGUUAUACAAGUUGUAUUUCCCUUUGUAUUUAUUUUGGUGUUAAAAACAAUUCUUAGCAAUUUAUAAAUUAUCUUUAUAUAGUUAUUGUGCCUUGAAAAUGCUGAGCUUUUGCACUGUAGUCAGAUAUUUUACACUCACACCAGUUUGUUUGGGCAACGUGAGUGAAAAUAAUGAAGUUUAAAUCUCCUUUUAGCCUUGACUUAGUCACAAAAUACCAACUUUAGAAGGUUUUCCUACUUUGAAUGGGAUUUCCUUAUUCUCUUAAGUAUGCGGCAUUAAUUUGCUGGUGUUCUUUUUUUUUAAAUUUAUUUUCAGUGUAGACUCUUCAUGAGUGCAAGAGAUUAAAAGAUUCAAAAAGGCAGCAUAUGUCCAGAAACCUGUGGGUGGAAUAGCAGCAGGAAGCUGGUAAAUUAGCUGUCAUUAUGAAACUUCAGUGAGUAAUUUUGAUAAUACAAUUCAAGUGAUUCUCAAGUGCCAGUAGGACUCAUUGUAGUACACUUCUGGUAAUGGGAAGAGUGUUAUUGUCUGCACAUGGGCAAGAAUGUUUCCAUUUUUAUCUAGUUUCAAAAAAGAACUUCAGUGUAACUGCUUUUAAAAAAUCCCAAAUGAAUAAGUAGAUGUAAAUAUGUGUCAUUCAAUACGACUUUUUUUUAGUUUUAUUUGUGAAAACCAAUGCUUGAACACAGCUCCAAGACCUAUUUAUGGUGAAUUACUUCUUCCACUAAAUAAAAUCACRUAAAUGCUGAUGUUUGUUCCUCAAUUUGUUCUUUGCCAUUUCUGGCUCAGGUAAACUUUCAGGCAUCUUCCUAGGAAGCAGAAGGGAGCAGGUGCAUGAAAAGUGGGAAAACAARUUCUCCACAUUCAGCACAGGGAUGAGGAAUAGAGA